UAAAAUAUAACAAUAAGUAAUAGUAACUAACAAACAAUUUCAUUAUGAAAUAUAUAAAAUUUUCAGAACAGGCAUGUUAUUUAUAAUUUUAAAAAUUAAACAUUACUAAUGCAGUUUUUCCUUUUUCUUAACAAGUGAAAUCAUUAAAACAUAAUGACAUGAAACAGUUAAAAAACAAUUGAUAUUUUUUCGAUUUGCAUUCAAUAAGAUUUCGAUUGAUAUAUAAAUUAUUAACUAAUCGAACUACGAAAAUUAAUUGUUAUUCAAUCAAUUUAUUUUAAGCAUAUUAUCGUGUUGUAAUUUAAGAUGUAGUUGCAAUCGUAUUGAAUGAAAAAUGGCCGCAAAUGUAAAAACAGAAAUGCGAAUUCCUACACGUUCUGCUCCUCCUCCUCCACCUAUCAGUUCAACAGCACAAAGAAACAUUAAUUGGAAUAACACAAAUGUUUUUGGAUCUUCGACAAUACGACAACCUAUUCAAAAGAAAAAGCCACCUCCUCGGCCACCACCACCAAAGUUCAAUCAAAAUUAUUCACAAACACAAAGGGAAAAGUUUAAAAAAUCAACAAAACCAACAGAACUUCUAACUAAUUUUUUUGGAAGAAAAAAAAAUGACAACUCAAGUAUAACACAAUUAAAUAAUCAAGAACAAAAUAUAAUAUUACAAUCAGAAAAGAUAAAUGGAUCAGUUUGUCUAAUAGAUUUUAGUCCACCUGGAUCUCCAACAUUUACCAUUCGAUCAAGUAGUGAUGGUAUUAGCAUUGAUAGUUUUGGCAGUGAUGGAAAUUCAAAUCUAUCUGCAUUUACAAGUAGUGGAAACACAUCUCAAACUGAAAGUGCUUUUGAAGAUGAUUUUGAUCUUUUUGGAAUAUCUACUAAAAAAGCAUUGCAAAGUGAUCCAUGGAAAAUUAAUUCAGUAAUAGAUCCAUUUGAACCAUUAGAAGUAACUAAUCAUAAUACAUUACAGUCUAUAAAACAUGUAGGAGAUGCAUGUUUUUUUGCUUUCAACACAAAUAAUCAUACCAAUAAUCAAAUGAUUUACAAUCAGACAUCUUUUAAAAAUACUCAAUCAAUGCCAACUAUAAUUCGUGCAAAACCACCAAAACCACCAGCACCAAAAAUUGUACAAAUAAAAAGAGAACAAAAAAUAAAUAAUAUUGAAAUUAAUUCAAAAUGUUUAAAUAAAAUAAUGUCUUUGACUAAGCCAAUGACAUUGGAUUUAACUAAUUCAUGGCAAAAUGAUUUAAAAGAUAGUCCUUCGCCACCAAUGCCCACAAUUCCACCACCUGCACCACCAUUAGAAUAUUUAACAGAAGUGAAUAAUGAUUCUUCAAUUAAUAAUGAAGAACCUUAUGGAAUUGCAUUAUAUGAUUUUCCAUUAACACAUGUGGGUGAUUUAUCUUUCAAAGAAGGUGAUAUAAUAUAUUUAAUAAAAAAAAUUAAUGAAGAUUGGAUGGAGGGUAGAAUAGGAAAUCAACAAGGAAUAUUUCCUAUUAAUUUUAUUGAUAUAAAAAUACCAGUGCCUGAUAUUCCAGAUAAUAUUGUUACUGCUAUUUAUCCUUUUAAAGGAGAAACAACUGAAGAUUUAUCAUUCGAUGAAGGAGAAAAAAUUACAGUACUAUCAAGGAUAUCGCAAGAUUGGUUAUAUGGAGAAAGUGGAGAUCAAAGAAAAGGUCAAUUUCCAAUAAACUACGUAAAUAGAAUCCCACGUAAUGUUUCACUAUAUUAAUUUACAUGUUGUACUAUAUUAUAAGUAGUAUGUCAAUAAUUUUUCUAUUACAAUUCUUAUUUUUUAUACAUAAAAAAAUAUUUUUAUGGUGUAUUAAUAAGAUAAAAAAUGAAAAAUUUACGAUUUGUAUUGAAGUAUUUAAAUCAUGUUUCAAUGGUCAUAAAUGAUUAAAUAUAUAUUUCAAGAAUUUUAUAUUUAUAAAAAGACUGAAUUAUGUGCAAAUAUGCAUUGCCUUAAAAAUUUCAAUAAGAUAUUUUUAUCACUUUUUUUCAAAUUUAUUUUCUGAAAUUAACAAUUUUGAAACUUUUACAAUUUAAAAAUAGAGCAAUAUAAUUUUUCAACAAAACAAUUAAUUUUUUCUUAUUUUUACAUCACAAAUAUCUACUAAUAUGUUCUAAAAUUAAAAAAUAUUAUUUUCUAAAAAAAAAAGUAGAAAUAGAAAAUAAAAUUUUUACUAAAAUAUUUUAUUUAUUGAAAUAUAUGCAAAUGAAAAAAAAAUAUAUACACAAAAAAAUUUUCUAAUAAUUUCAUAUUUUUUCAAUUUUUAAAAUUUUUUAAUAUCAAAAUAAUGAUUUCUUCCUUUAUAAUUUAUAAUUUAUUUAUAUUCUUUAUGUAAUAGAGAAUUGUACUUAUUUUAUAAUCAGUGAUUUUAUUGACUCAAAAAAUUAUAUAAUAUGCAAUAUAUAAGUACAUCUAAAAAGAAUGAUUAUAUUUUUUUAUAUUCAUUAAAAAUAUUUUAAAUAUAUUAAAAUUAAUGCAAAAUUAUAAAAAUAUAUGAAUUAUAAUUAAACAUAUAUUUUAAUAUUAUUGUUAUUUUUUUGUUUAACUAACAUAUUGUUACAUAUUAUUUUAGAAUAAUUAAAAAGAGAUAAAAAAAAGUCUUAUAAUUAAUAAAUAUUAUGUGAAUAUUAUAUUUUAUAUUUAGUGUCAUUUAAUUUUAAUACAUAUUAAUUCUAAUUUGUAAUAUUUAAAAUGUAUUCUGAUUGGAAUCACUGGUAUAAAAAUAAUGGUAUAAUUAAUGUACAGUAUAUAGAUAUAUAAUUUCGAAAAUAUGAAUUUAAAUAUUUGUUAUAUUUAAAUGUUGCAUAUGUAAAUACUUAUAUUCUUAUUGCAAUGAAAUAUAUUUAAAAAUAUUUGUGUAAAAGAAUAUAUAUAUAUAUAUAUAUAUAUAUAUAUAUGUAUAUAAAAGUAAAUACUUUUCAAUGUAAACAUGUAAUAAAUUAUUAUUACAAAUUACAAUUAUUAUUUUAAAAUUUAUAGAAAUAUGGAAAAAAAUUUCAAUUCCAAUAUUAAUAAUCAAUAAUUUUAUUAAUUCCAUAUUCAUUGAUCUAUAUAGGAUCAGAUAUUUGAUAAAAAAACAAAAUUAAAAUAAUUAUAAUUUUAUAGAAUAAUUUGAUUUUUAAACUUAUUUAUAUAUUUCUAAAGUUGUUACAUAUACCAUGUGAUAUCAAGUUGUAUUAAUGAUCAUUUUUAUUAUGCAUAUAAAAUAAAUUAUUUAAUAUUAUAUGUAAUAUUAAUUUUUUGUAAAUUGUAAAAAGCAUGUAAUAAAGGAGUGAUAUAAAAUUUAUUAUAAAAUAAAUAAAAAUGUAUAAAUAUCAAAACUAUAUGUUGACAUAAAAACUAUUUUGCGGUAUUUAUUAAUGUUAAUUUUUAUAAAUUUUAUUCAUAAAUAUAAUUUUUUAUAAAUAUUUACGAUAAUAGCGCUAUCAUUUUAAAAAAAAAAUAGUAGAGAUAGAAUAUUCAUUAAGUGCGGUAAUUUUUAUCAAUAAAUUUUAUAACAUUCAAAAACUUCACAGAUUUUAAAUGUGUAGGAGAUUUUAAACAUGAUAUAUAUUUAUUAAUAUAUUUAGAAAAGAUGGAAAAAAUUAUAAUUUUAAAGUGCCUUACUGUCUGUAUAAUAACAUUUCUAAAUUUUUUACCUGUGAGAUAAUAUAAAAAAAAAUUAAUUGCAAAAUUCCAAUGAUAUAUGUGAAAGCAUAAACCACGACACCAUUUCAAUAACAUUUUUUCUUUUAACCUGAAAAAUAAGUAAUAAUUGUAACAUACAUAAAAGCUAUCAAUUUAUUAUAUAUAUAUAUAUUAUAUAUUAUUAAAUUUAUACCAAUGUA